AUGUUGAGCGAGGCGCCGGUUUUAGGACAUUACGAUGCGGAUCGGGAACUGGUUGUCACCUGUGACGCGGGACCCUACGGCGUGGGCGCCGUGCUGGCCAUGCGCGGGCGCGCGCGCGGGGCGCCCGACACCGUCAUCGCCUAUGUCUCGCGAGCGCUCACGCCGGCCGAGCGCAACUAUAGUCAAAUACACAAAGAGGCACUUUCUAUUAUAUUUUCAGUAAGAAAGUUUCACCAAUUCCUGUACGGUAGGCGGUUUACGUUGAAGACCGACCACAAGCCACUCGUGAGCAUAUUUGGACCGGGUAAUGGUAUACCCAGUAUGACUGCGAGCCGGUUGCAGCGUUGGGCCUUGAUAUUGUCGGCGUACGAUUUUGAUAUAGAAUACGUAAAAUCGGAUGAUAACACAGCGGACGCUCUUUCGCGACUCAUAGCGGCACACAAGUUGACGGGUUCCGUAGACGAGGACGGUCCGGAACAAACAUAUUUACAUUUUGCGACUGACGCGAUGCUUUUGGAUUAUAAUGCGGUAAGUAAAGAAACUCGUAACGACGUAUUGCUAGGUAGAAUUAUUAGUUAUAUCAGAGACGGCUGGCCCCAAGAUACAGACAUAAAAGAAUUAAAACCCUUUUUCAAUCGUAAAUCGGAAUUAUAUUCAGAGCUUGAUUGCGUCAUGUGGGGUCAUAGGGUAGUGGUGCCAACGGCAUGUCGCGAACGUGUUAUGCGAGAGUUGCACGAUUCGCACAUGGGUAUCGUGAAGACUAAGGCGCUGGCGCGUAGCUAUGUGUGGUGGCCCGGCCUGGACGAGGCCGUGGAGGCCAUGUGCCGCGCUUGCCCCGUGUGUGCCGCGGUGGCAGCGGCGCCCCCGCGCCACGCACCCUGCCCCUGGCCCUACCCCAGUCGUCCUUGGGCUAGGAUUCAUUUAGAUUUCUUAGGUCCAAUAGCUGGAGUUAAGUACUUGGUACUUAUAGAUGCGUAUUCUAAAUGGAUAGAAAUAGCAGAAAUGUCGAGUACAACGGCUAAAAUAUUAAUUAAAAAACUGCGAGAAUACUUUGCUAGGUUCGGCUUGCCUAAACAGAUAGUGAGUGAUAAUGGACCUCCGUUUUCGAGUGAGGAGUUUAGAGCGUUUUGUUCAAAUAAUAAAAUUGAACAAUUGUUUUCAGCACCGUACCAUCCUGCCUCUAAUGGAGCUGCUGAAAAUGCGGUCAAAUUGUGGAAGCGCGUAAUUAAAAAAGCGAUAAUGCAGAAUAUUAAUACAGAGACGGCCUUAAGUAGAUUCCUAUUAAUGUAUCGUAAUACCCCUCAUAAUGCCACGGGCGAGAGUCCAGCUAAGGUUCUUUUAGGUCGAGCGGUGCGUACCCGGUUAGAUUGUCUUAAACCUGAUCGUGAACAGAGGGUUACCGAUCUUCAACGCCGCCAGAGGGAGGCGGCGGGAGGUACGCAGCGAGCAUUCGACGUAGGCGAUUUGGUAUGGUAUAGACGGUACAACGUAGGGAACUCACAGGGCAAAUGGGAAGCUGGGCAGGUUUUGGAGCGGAUAGGGGAAACCGAUUAUACAAUAGCUAGUUCGGUAGGAGUUACACAUCGGCAUAUAAAUCAACUAAGAAAACGCGAUUCAAAUGGUGAAGUCCGGGAGCCUAGACCGCGUAAUAUGGCAUUGAGUUAUCCACCGGCUCAGACACCCUUGUUGAUCCCAACCGGGGAGGCGUCGAGUUCAGGGUCGGCGGAGAGUGUCGAUCGCGAGGUAGACAAUCCGCCAGGGGACGCGCGGGUAGAUCCGGAAUCGAACCCGGAGCUGGCGCAGCGGCCCGACCCAGGUGCCGCCGCUGAGCGCACGCGACCCGAUCGCUUGAGACCUAUUGUGAACCCCCCUAGACGUUUCGGUUUCGAGGACAUCUUUUAG